AUGGGUAUGUCUUGCGCCACAUGCGAUCCUACAUCCGGUCGAGAAUGCGAAAUACCCUCGAAACGACGGGGUGCAGUAAAUUCUCGACUCACUCUGAGCGGAUUGUCAUUCUGUAUGAUCACGAUAGGUCUGCUUUGCGUUACGGCAAGACGGCGUCGAGCUGGACCACUACCACCGUCAGAAGACACCUGGUACAGAGUGUUUCAACCGGCUCAGUCCAGAGCUGCUAGGUGUCGACAUGAUUUGAUGUGUGGAAAUUCAUGGAUGCCAAGAGAUCGAGCGCUUCUUGUAGCUCCCGGUAGAGCCGCAGUUGUACAUGGAAACAGAAGUUCCAGUCGUGGGAGACAUCUUGCAACACCACCACCCAGCUAUACCUCCGUCGAUAAUCUCACUGAUGAUCAAAUGCCGCCCACUUACGAGGAAGCGACAAGAAUACUAGAGAACUCUCCAACCAGUGCCGCUUUGAUCCAGGAGCUUAUCGACGAAACAGUACAAACUGCCGAGGCUAAGGAGGAUUCACCGGAUGUGGCCGAAACCAGUGCGAAUCGCACGACCAGCACAGCCGAGACACAAACUACGCAAGAAGACGAGAAUGCGAACACCACGACAUCUCUAUCUAGUUCAGUGUGA